AGAUCUAUUCAAUUCAUUCAAGUUGAUCAAGUUUUACUAAAACAGUUUACCUUUGAUUUGUUAACUUUAACUGACUGAUUUUCUAGCCAUUACAAUGAAAAAUACGAUCGGACUCAUCUUUUUAUUUGCCGUGAUCAAUGUAUCAUACUCUACAACACUAAGAGAGUUGGAAUUCAUGAAAAUUCUGUAUGCUAGUGAAGAUGUACCAAAGCAGAUACUAUCUUCUAUGAUAACUCGACGAAUUGAUCAAAUCAAGACUUUAUACGAAAGAAAAUCGAUUCUUAAAGAUGGAAAAACUUUUUACACUUCUACUGAACAUUCGUUGGGAUUACUUUUGGAAUCAGUGAAUUCAAAUGACACUCAAAUCGGUGAUCUUUUUGAAUCUUACUCACAUAUUGUUAAUCUUUUAAACGAAGUAAACAAUCUCAUGCAAAUUCAUCCUGUUGACCACUUGACUGUGGACACAAGCGAUAGUUUCUCAAGAGAUAACCUACAAGCCAUGAUGGACGGUUAUAUUGAUGACAUUGAGAUGGUUCGUAUGUGUGAAGUAUCCAUGGGACGUGCAGAUCGAGUGGAUAUGAAGAUCGUUGAACGCAUAAAAUCAUUGUACAAUGAAGUGAGAAACUAUACUUUUUAUAGGGACGAUAGUUUCGUUUCUGAGUCAAUGAGUAUUUCAAGAAAAACAAUGGACCAAUGUUUGUGGCAAUUCAAAUUCUUGUUGAAUAAGUUUACAUCCACUUUCAUCCAUUACUAAGAAUAAUUUUGGAGUUUUAUUAACUAUUAAAAUGGAAUAAAUAUUGAAGCAUUAAA